GGGGUUUGGCCAUUCGGCUUCCUCAAGCUAUCAUUCAACUGCAACAAAGAAACAGCAGCCAGUCGCUUGUUGUUAACACCGCUGGAAUAACAUCGUGCCCAUUAACGGCGAAGAGGAGAAGACCCAGAAACGUGACGUUUUGAGACGAGUUGAGGUUCUUCGUGCGGGUUGGCAGCAGCCCUUCUGUUCUCCCAAAGAUAUUUGGGGAAUGAACGCAGAUCACAUUCAUCUUUCAUUUGUAACGUCCUCCUCCAUCUCCCUCUACCACACCUCAGUAGGGACAGCACACUUCAGUUGCACCGCAUUGAUGAGGUAACGUCACGCUGUGCUCAGGGCAGCACCCACCUGCACAAACGCCACCCUCCCUCCCCAUCACCCCGACCCCAGCCUCCCUUCUCCUGCCUGCUCCACUGCAGCCAUGGGCCAGAAGAUAUCCGGUGGUAUCAAAUCUGUGGACGGCCGCGGGGAAAGCGGCGGUUCCCCAUCCUACCGACCCUCGGCUCACAGUAGGCAGCACCCAGAGUUGAGGGGCCCGGAUUUCUCCAAACCUCCCAGGCUGGAUCUCCUUCUGGACAUGCCUUGCGCCAGCCUGGAGACCCAACUUCGUCACGCGUGGAACGCCGAUGACCGUUCGCUGAACAUUUUCAUCAAAGAGGAGGAUAAGUUGACAUUUCACCGCCACCCCGUCGCUCAGAGCACGGACUGCAUCCGGGGACGGGUGGGAUACACUAGGGGACUCCACGUCUGGAGGAUUCACUGGCCGUCCCGACAGCGCGGCACCCAUGCAGUUGUCGGGGUAGCCACCUCCGAAGCUUCUUUACAUUCUGUCGGGUACACUGCCUUGGUGGGGUCAGACUCUGAGUCCUGGGGCUGGGAUCUGGGACGUAACCGCCUCUACCACGACAGCAAGAACCGUGCCCACAGCUCACUGCCGACUUACCCUUCCUUCCUGGAACCCGAGGAGGCGUUCACACUACCAGACUCUCUGUUGGUCAUUCUGGACAUGGACGAGGGCACGCUGAGCUUCAUGGUGGAGGGACAGUAUUUAGGAGUGGCGUUCCGAGGGUUGAAGGGCAAGAAGCUACAUCCCAUCGUCAGCGCUGUGUGGGGCCAUUGUGAGAUAUCCAUGAAGUACAUCAACGGACUUGAUCCGGAGCCACUUCCUUUGACCGACCUGUGUCGCCGUGCGGCCCGCCUGGCGUUGGGCCGGGAACGCCUUCAGGAGAUCGAGAGACUACCCCUGCCUGAUUCCCUCAAGAAUUACCUCCAGUACCAGUGACUGACACCAGCGGAACCCACUGGCACCACAAGUACUCACAAGGCCGAGCAGCAGGUGGGCAAACAGCGGGAAGGGAAGAAGGAAGCGCUUGAAGGAAACAAACUAGGAGGAGGGAGGAGCACGGAGGUCCCGAGCUUCAGGUGGAUUCACUGACACAUGAAGAGAGCAGUAUUUGUUCGUUGUUUGGACUUCAAGCAAAUUAUUGACAUGGCUGGCGAAGGGAAUGUGGCGAUAUCGCCAUCUAGUGGUGAGAAUAGAAACUGUGCAGAAAAAGCACACUAAUCCUAUCCCGGAGGCCUUCUUGAUGACUCGACGAACGCCGAUGCAGGCAACAAGAGGAUUGGAGCACAAAAGUUUUUAAUCUCAGCGACCAAAAAGCUUUCUUUGGGUUCAAGAUGUCAACAUGUUGCUCGGAUAUGCAUUAAAGCCCUUUGCAGACGACGUGCUACAUAGAUGGUGGGUGUCAUGUAGCUUCCUGAGACAGACUCAUUUAAGCAUAGCAAAGAGAAACCUGGUGGAUUUUUCAAAUUUAUUUUCCCCAUUAAAUCUUAAUUUGUUAAGGGGGUUUUAGUGUUUUAUCGGUUCAUUUAAAUCAACACAACAACAACAUGGAACUUAAGUAGAGUUUUUCGUGCAUUAUCAGUGAAAGUAUUAAAUGGAUUGAAAAAGGCUGCUGGUCUGAUCAUUACUUUGGUUAGAGUCUUUAAAAAAACUGAUUUGAUGUCAUGAAUACAAUUUUGUGUGUGUGUAAGACUACUAUUGAGGAGUAAUAGGGCCACACUGAAAAGAAAAAAAUAGUAAAAUUAUCAGGAUAUAUAUAGUUUCUUGUAGCAUUUACAUCCUGGGUGAGAGGCUGGGCACACCCCGGACGCCGUCCAAUCACAGGGCACACAUAUACUAACCAUAACUAUACUACUACGGAUGAUUUUAUGUCGUGCCUUCACUAAAAAAAACCUAUAGCUUUAUAAUAAAUAAUAAGAGGGUCUUUCCUUACUGCUUUAUUAUUCUAAUUUAAUCUUGCAUAUGUUUUUGUAACAUGUUUUGGGACUUUACUCUUAAUAACCUGAACAUAUUUUUAUUAAAAAAAUAUUUUUCGUAUAAGAUUAGUUUGUUGUAUUAU